AUGGGAAAUACUCGGUUUCUUCCCUUAUACAUAACCGUAUGUGUUUUAGCUUUUGCUAUAUCGAAGAUUGUUAUGGCAGUCCUAUGUUAUCGUCGAUGGAAAAGAAAACAAAUGGCUGUUCAAAACAGUUUUACAGACAAUACAGGUGGGAAACUAGUAAUGUUUAAAUCACAGAAGACAAAAUCUUUGAAGUCAAAUACGUUUUUGAGGAAGACGAUGAAACUUAGCAACAAGGAUAUUAUAGGAUCAGGAGGCUACGGGACAGUUUACAAGCUGACAGUAGAUGAGUCAAUGUCUUUUGCGGUUAAAAGACUAACCAAAGCAAAUCAGGAGCAAGAUCGCGGUUUUGAGAGAGAAUUGGAGGCGAUGGGGGACAUAAAGCAUAGAAAUAUAGUUACUCUUCAUGGAUACUACACUGCUUCUGAUUACAAUCUUCUCAUCUAUGAGCUAAUGCCUAAUGGCAGUCUCGACUCGCUACUACAUGGAAAGUCUUCAAACAGGAUGGUUCUAGAUUGGCCUUCAAGAUACAAAAUAGCAGUUGGAGCUGCAAGAGGGAUAUCCUACCUCCACCAUGAUUGCAUCCCUCACAUAAUACACAGAGAUAUUAAGUCAAGCAAUAUAUUGUUGGAUCAAAACUUGGAGGCUCGAGUAUCAGAUUUUGGAUUAGCUACUUUAAUGGAACCAGAUAAAACUCAUGUUUCAACUUUAGUUGCUGGAACUUUUGGAUACUUGGCUCCUGAGUAUUUUGAUACGGGGAGAGCGACAGCAAAAGGGGAUGUCUAUAGCUUUGGGGUUGUCUUACUUGAGCUACUAACAGGGAAAAAACCAACAGAUGAAGCAUUUAUUGAGGAGGGAACUAAGCUUGUGACCUGGGUGAAGACAGUUGUCCAAGAAAAGCAAGAAGAACAUGUACUAGACAGCAGUUUAGAAGAUUUCUCGGUUGAUGAAGUUAAUCGUGUAUUCAAUAUAGCACUAAUGUGCCUUGAGCCAGAGCCGCAUAAAAGACCUACUAUGGCAGAGGUUCUCAAGAUGCUAGAGGAGAUAAAGGCGGACGGAUUUGUAUCGGGAAUGUGA